GAGACCACAGCUCCGCACAGGCGGCGCCCGUCCUCCGCGCCUCGGGAGCCUCCUCCAGCCUGCGCGCCCGGCGGAUAGCACGGGCCAUCUCCCACCGUGACCUGCCGCUCGCCCUGCAGAUUCUCGCUGGGAAACCAACAAAAGAAGACAGUUAAGGCAUCAGCAGUGCCAACAGGGCUGACAGACCACAGAGAAGCAAGGCUAGCCGAAGGCAUCCACGGCAGGCAGUGCACUGAGAGGCAGUUGUAAUGGUGCAGCCACGCUAGACUCCUUUGACACAAGCCAAAGGUGGUUUGGACUCGUCAGCGGUAGCCUGUUUUCCUGGUCCAGUCCGGUCCCAGGGAGAUGGACUAAAGCCACAGAUUGUCUGGUUCUUUGUCUGGGAAUUGGAAGAAGGAUUGGGAUGGUCUUACGUGCACAUCCCUAGACUAAUUGCAGCAAUGAGUUCAGACGAGAAGGGCAUAUCCCCUGCUCAUAAAACAUCCACUCCGACCCACAGAAGUGCCUCGUCUUCAACGUCUUCUCAGAGGGAAAGCAGACAGAGCAUCCACGUUUUGGAGAGAACUGCUUCAUCGAGCACAGAGCCCUCUGCCAGUCGCCAAUUGCUAGAGCCGGAGCCCCUCCCCCUCUCCAAGGAAGCUGACAGCUGGGAAAUUAUAGAAGGGCUGAAAAUAGGCCAAACCAAUGUCCAGAAACCAGACAGGCACGAGGGAUUUAUGCUGAAGAAAAGAAAAUGGCCUUUAAAGGGCUGGCACAAGCGCUUUUUUGUCCUGGAUAAUGGAAUGUUAAAGUAUUCAAAGGCACCACUUGAUAUCCAAAAAGGGAAGGUCCAUGGGAGCAUAGAUGUCGGACUGUCUGUCAUGUCGAUCAAAAAGAAAGCUCGGAGAAUAGACCUUGACACGGAGGAGCACAUCUAUCACCUGAAGGUGAAAUCCCAGGACUGGUUUGAUGCGUGGGUCUCCAAACUGCGCCAUCACAGGUUGUACCGUCAGAAUGAAAUUGUGAGAUCCCCGAGAGAUGCCAGUUUCCACAUAUUUCCUGCAACUUCCACAGCCGAGUCCUCCCCAGCAGCUAACGUCUCUGUGGUGGAUGGAAAGAUGCAGCCCAACAGCUUUCCAUGGCAGUCCCCUUUACCAUGCAGUAACAGCCUCCCUGCGACCUGCACAACUGGGCAGAGUAAAGUGGCAGCCUGGCUGCAGGACUCAGAAGAAAUGGACAGGUGUGCAGAAGAUCUUGCACACUGCCAGUCAAACCUUGUGGAACUUAGCAAACUCCUGCAAAACUUGGAGAUACUUCAGAGAACCCAGUCAGCUCCUAACUUCACUGACAUGCAGGCUAACUGUGUAGAUAUUUCAAAGAAAGACAAGCGAGUCACAAGACGCUGGAGGACAAAAAGUGUCAGCAAAGAUACAAAAAUACAGCUUCAGGAAGGGCCACCUGCGAAGGGCCAGUUCAACACAACUCGGCGCCGGCAGAGGCUAGCGGCAGCAGUGGCUACAACAGUUCCUUUCAGUGCCACCAUGUCACCUGUACGUCUGCACUCCUCCAACCCCAACCUUUGUGCAGACAUCGAGUUUCAGACCCCUCCUAGCCACCUCACCGACCCUCUGGAGAGUUCCACGGAUUACACCAAGCUACAAGAAGAGUUUUGUCUAAUCGCACAGAAAGUGCACUCUCUUUUGAAGUCUGCAUUUAACAGCAUAGCAAUAGAGAAGGAGAAACUGAAGCAGAUGGUUUCUGAGCAAGAUCACAACAAAGGCCACAGCACACAGAUGGCCAGGCUCCGACAGUCACUGUCGCAGGCACUUAACCAGAACGCUGAGCUCCGGAGUCGGCUGAGCAGAAUACACUCAGAGUCUACCAUCUGUGAUCACGUUGUCAGUGUAAAUAUUAUCCCUAGCCCCGAUGAGCCUGGCGAGCAGAUCCACGUCAACCUCCCUCUGUCACAGCAGGUGGCCAAUGAGAGCCGCCUCUCUAUGUCAGAAUCAGUGUCAGAGUUCUUUGAUGCCCAAGAGGUGCUCCUGUCUGCAAGUUCAUCGGAGAACGAGGCUUCCGAUGAUGAGUCCUACAUCAGCGAUGUGAGUGACAACAUAUCUGAGGACAACACCAGUGUCGCCGACAACAUUUCUCGGCAAAUCCUGAAUGGGGAGCUCACAGGAGGUGCCUUCCGCAAUGGCCGUCGCACCUGCCUGCCUGCUCCUUGCCCAGACACCAGUAACAUUAACCUGUGGAAUAUCUUGAGGAACAACAUUGGCAAAGACCUGUCAAAGGUCUCAAUGCCCGUGGAGCUCAACGAGCCACUCAACACUCUGCAGCACCUCUGUGAGGAAAUGGAGUACAGCGAGCUCCUAGACAAGGCCUCAGAGACCGACGACCCCUACGAGAGGAUGGUUCUCGUCGCUGCCUUUGCAGUCUCAGGGUACUGUUCCACCUACUUCAGAGCAGGAAGCAAGCCAUUCAAUCCGGUCCUGGGGGAGACAUACGAGUGCAUAAGAGAAGAUAAGGGAUUUCGGUUCUUCUCAGAACAAGUUAGCCAUCAUCCACCCAUUUCUGCCUGUCACUGUGAAUCCAAGAACUUCGUGUUUUGGCAAGAUAUCAGAUGGAAAAACAAGUUCUGGGGAAAGUCAAUGGAAAUCCUGCCUGUCGGAACCCUGAACGUCAUGCUUCCAAAAUAUGGAGAUUACUAUGUGUGGAAUAAAGUCACCACGUGCAUACACAACAUCCUCAGUGGGAGGAGAUGGAUUGAGCAUUAUGGUGAAGUGACCAUUAGGAAUACCAAAAGCAGUGUUUGCAUUUGCAAACUCACAUUUGUCAAGGUGAAUUACUGGAACUCCAACGUGAAUGAAGUCCAGGGGGUGGUGAUAGACCAGGAGGGGAAGGUGGUGCACCGGCUGUUUGGGAAGUGGCACGAAGGACUCUACUGCGGGGUGGCCCCCUCGGCGAAGUGCAUCUGGAGACCAGGUUCUCUGCCAACCAACUAUGAGCUCUACUAUGGCUUUACGAGGUUUGCUGUGGAGCUCAAUGAGUUGGAUCCCGUCCUGAAGGACCUCCUUCCUCCCACGGAUGCCCGAUUCCGGCCAGAUCAAAGAUUUUUGGAAGAAGGGAACCUAGAAGCCGCCGCCGCAGAGAAACAAAGAGUUGAGGAACUCCAAAGAUCUCGAAGACGCUACAUGGAGGAAAACAACCUUGAACAUAUACCAAAAUUUUUUAAAAAAGUUAUUGAUGCAAAUCAAAGAGAAGCCUGGGUUUCUAAUGACACCUACUGGGAGCUUCGAAAGGACCCUGGGUUUAGCAAAGUAGACAGCCCCGUGCUUUGGUAAACUGGAGACAUAGAGCUAGCCAAUACCCCACACUCGGAAUGAAUAAAUAACUAUGCACAAUUGUGUUUCUCAUAGCUACGCGUGGUUUCUGGGUCGACUGAAAAGCUCCCAUUUGCUUUUCUAUUCAUCUUUAUAAUGGAUUUUCAAAAGUGCAUUAGACAAGGCUCCUAACCACUUUUGGAUCCUUUCUGUUUUGCUGCAACCAUAUUCCUUAAAAUAAAUAAAUAAAUGAAUAAAUAAAUAAAUAAAUAAAUAAAUAAAUAAAUAAAUAAAUCCCAUGCCCUCCUCGGAAAGCAGACUUAAAAGAAGGAGAAUAUAAAAUCCAAAGUUGGAAGAGUCGGAAAAGAAGAUGAAACUGUGACGGGCGCUUCAAGCUGGUCAGGAGAGUUUUCAAUGACACACAAGCUCCGUGUUCAGUCUGCUGUCUGGAAGCGUCAUACCGUGCCGUAGGAGCUCCUGGGCCAUGGUCGGUUAGUUCAGACUUGAAGUGUGUUCUUUUGAUGUGGUAUGCUUGUUCUCAGCCUCGUCGGAAUAGACAGGAUGCUUCCUGGAAACCCAUUCCAUCUUUACAACAUUGUUCAUGCCUUAAGAAAUGCAAAGAUGUACAAUAAACCAUUUUUUAAAUGUGUGCUCACAGGUAUAUGCGAAGGACAAGACUCCUGGCAUGAUUCACUCUCUUGGUCAGAACGCUGAUUCAGCUGCUAGAAGGAGUAAUUGAGUAAAAACACACUUUCCUUUGCUAAGUUAGUUCUGGUAUAGUGGAUCUGAGGGGCAAGAGGGCUAAGGUACUGUAUACUAAGUAGAUCUCUGUAUUCAGGUCAUUAUUGAAGUCCCCGUCCUGUGUCUAAAUAGUAAACCAUCCCUCCUCCGUCUGACCUCACGGUGUGCCCUGAUAUUUGGCAAAAGUGGUAUCUGAUUUGGACACCGGUCCUCAGUGUUAAACUUCAGUAGGAAGUAACAAACACCAGUUUCUGCCAGCCUGGGUUGGGUGGUACCAUAAAGCACUGUUUCUGGGUGGCACACAAGGCCAUACAACACAUCCCUGACUCACACACGCCCACCGCUUGACACUGCUCAGAUCCCACGGAGAAUAAGAGCUUAUUUGCAUUAUGUAAAUGGAUCCUAUGCAAAAAUCAUCUUUCUUUUAAAAAAAAUCAAGCAGUUCCAUAUGAUACACGGUUACAUAGCUAAUCAUCUACCUUGCUACGGGCACAUAUAUAAAACUUAGGCUUAAAAAAAAUCCAUUCCAAAGGUGGGGGCAGGCAAGAUGUGUUUUGAAUUCUUCAAGUUUUGUUUUUCCCCCACAGGUACACAGAAGCUUUUGUAGGAAGCUUGCUUUGGCAUUUUUAAGUUCCUGCAUGUACAUGACAAUAUAAGCGCCUGUAUGUUUAAAAAAAAAUCUCUUUAGGGGGCUUCCUAGUGAAUUAGGAAAUUACAUAUAUUUUAUUGUUAGAGUUUUAUUCUUAGAUUCUUACCAUCUGAAUUUAAGUGUUACUUUAGACUCUGAUAACAAGGUUAGUGACAUUAUGUAUUUUGUUAAGAGGUAUCAAUCUUGGCGUUAUUUCUUCCCUGCCACCCCCCACCUCCCCCCUCAAAGCAUUCCUAAUAAUGGUUAAUUCACCAUAAAACCCAAAGUUGCUACAAACAUGGAGGAAAAUUCAGAAUUUCCCCUAGAUGGAAUAAUAUUUUAGUUAUCCCCAAAUUCAUCUUCCCUGUCACGUAAGUCCAUACCCCAUGCACACAGCUGGCAGUCACUGGAAUGGAAUUUCACUCUCUAAAGAGUUCCUCCCUAAGUCAGAGCCAGAGCCAGGCUUUGGGCUUACACAGCUUUCUUUUUCCAUGUGGUCCUCAGUCCUAGGUAGCUUGGCCUGCAGUUGUAAAACCUUCUCCCUUGUCUCGGACUACUUUUUUCUCGGUUCAACCUGAUGCUCUUUUAUCAAUAUACCUUUAGUUAUGUCUGAUUUUGUUUUGAAUUAGAACAGUCCUAUGGACUUCCUCACAAAAGUUGAUUCUCCAACAAAUAAACCUUACAGUAGGAUUUAAAGUAGAUCUCACCUGCACUUACUAGUGUCUGACUAGAUGAUCUUACAACCGCCUAAGUAAGAAAAGAAUCCUGAGGAAUAGAGAUACCAUAAGGAGGUAAUGUGAAGGUGAGGUGUUCAGAAUAUGACAGAGGAUGUCCAUUUAGGAAAGGGCGGAAGACCCGGGGAUACAGCAGGGAAGUGAUCCCAGCUCCCAGGUUUGGAUUAUCUGAGAAGAAAGGAGAAACAACAGAUUAAGCCUUUGUAGUCAAAUAGUAAGGUUAAGGUGACAAAAAGAAACAAUAGCUGAUUGUCAGGUCUACCCCAAACUCUACUAAGGAUUUCAGGAUGCAAAAGACAGAAGCGGUGGGUUAAUUACACUCACAUUUUAUGGCAUCCUCCAUUUUGAAUUUGUUUGGAGAUUCUGGUUCUCCGGGCGUGACCAUCAUGUCUGUCGUGUCAAUCAUGUCAUCAGUUGUUAGGAUUCAGAUUUCCCUGUAACACCCGACUUGCCCAUCUCCAACAGAACACUUGCUUGUGUUGCUGCAAUGACCUAGUCCUUUUUGUUCAGACAGUGCUUAUAAAGAACCCUAUGGGAACUUCAUUUACAUGUCAUUUCAGCUAUUAAACCUAAAUGACAAAAGGGUGGAGUGUUAUAGCUUAUUCUCUUGAUAAAAGGUGAUGUAGUCCUUGGGAUUUUCCAUAAACCACUAUUUUGAGGAAGUUUUGUUUUGUUUUGUUUUUCCUUAAAAGGUUGUAGGAAGGCUUGGUAUGUCUGUGUUGUUUUUCCAUGCUUUCUUUUCAAGCUGCCUCCCCUCCAGUGAGAUUGUCCUGAGGGACAGUAACCCUGAGGCUUUUGCCAGACUGGACUGAUCAAUGAAUCACACAUGCCAGCCUCUGCAGAGGCUCACCAAAAACCCAUCCUUUUGAUGCUGAAUGCUGCUAACCAAGGUGCAAAUUUACUCUUCAGUGUUGCUGAUUUUUUUCUUAUUUUUUUGUCAUUAUUUCUUUGGGGUUAUUUUAAAAUGAUGUCCAUGUUACCUCCAGGUAGCUGUAAAAAAAAAAAUAAUAAACUUCAUUUAAGAUACCUUUUAGUGGUACAUGUCAGUUGUAUGUGAUUGCAAGGCCAAAUGCCAUUCUUCUGCCUGAGGCAAACCAAGGGAGUGUUGGUACAGAGGAUGCCAACUUGUCAAUUUUCCAAAUCUUUUGUGCUCAAGCUCUUGAUCCUUCUGGCCUUGUGUUUUCCUGCAUGAGCACUUAUCAGUCCUUCGAUCCUGUCCCCAAGGAGCUUAUAGAGGGAGAGGCAGAGUUCUAGGAAGACAGCCUGAUUAACCUGUUUAGUGUAAUAAUAAAGAACAUUUUUGUUAUUCUUCUGUAGUUUAGUUGUCCAUCUUGUCUAAUGCUGUUCUCUGUCAUCCUAGAUAAUAAAGCAUUUGUGGGAGCAGAGCCCCACACAGCAGGGGGUGGGGCAGAUGUUUGCACUUGGCUCAGUAUGUUAUGAAUGUGGCACAGUAAAUAAAAUUUGUGUACAAAAUAUUAGUUUAUUUCUAUGAGAGCAAUUAUGUUCAGGAUAUAUAAAAAUGUAUCUAAUUAAACCAUUGCGAAUCUAUUUUGUGCUCUAGAAAUGUUCUUUAGGGGGGAAAUGUGUCAGUAGAGCUAACAGUAAAAUGUUGAUGUGUUUUCAUGGGUUUGGUUUUGUUUCCCAAAUGCUCCAUGGCUUUUGGGAAAGACUCCGUAUCACACCAGGAUUCUAUCUUAAUUGACUUUAGUUUGUAAACAUUUAUACUUUGAAAGUUGUGCAUUGUGUGGCUCUUUCUCUUAAGCAGAAACUAGCUUUAUUAGCAACAUCUUCAGUACCUCUGACUGUUACGGAGAUGUGGAACCUUUCUGCAGCGACUGCUUUUAAAGACAGAAUGGCAAAUUGCAUUGAACGGGUUUGGCUUCAUUCUUCUGAACUGGGAUCUAAAGGAAGAAUAAACGCUGUGAUGAAGUAACAUGCCUGACAUCCCAAGUAGAUCAGGCCCUUGGGACAGACAGACAGACAGACAGCUGACAGACGCCUUGGCUGGAAGAGAAUUGGUACUUUUGCAUUGGCUUUUUAAAGCAACAAAUUUGUCUCUCUAUCCUCUGGUCCUUCCUUAGCAGAAGGAGAGAUACAUGUUCCCUUUGUUGGGUACCAUGUCAUUGUCUGUGAAAUGGGCCAUAUUUAUGUGUAAUUUCAGUCAUUUGGUUUUAGAAACUGC